AAGAGUAUGUUCAAGGCCGCCGCGCUGAGUCGGCGCGCUGCACCCGCCAUCUUCUUCGUCUUCCAUCCAAGCCGCCACCAAGUGUCGUCCCUCCCCAGACCCAAACCCCCCGCCGACCAAACCAUCCUCUCCCUCCUUCAAAGAUGCUCUUCCAUGAAGCGGCUCAAGCAGCUUCACGGUCAGCUCAUCACCAAUGACCUGCUCUCCGAUGCCCCCACCCUCGGCAAGCUCAUCGCCUUCUGCUGCGUCUCCGAUGGUGGCGACCUCCGUUACGGCCGCAGGGUCUUCGAUCUCGUCCCCCGUCCCAAUGCCUUCAUGUGGAACAGCUUGAUCAGAGGCUACUCUUACAGCCGUGAUCCCCGAGAGGCACUCGUCCUCCACUGCCGUAUGCUGCGAUGUGGCCUCCUGCCCAAUCAGUUCACUCUGCCCUUUGUGCUCAAAUCGUGCGCUUCCGAGUUGGCUUCGACAGAGGCGUCGUUGGUUCAUGCUUUGAUCUUCAAGCUGGGAUUUGAGUCGCAGGUCUUCGUUGCAAACGCGCUCCUGAGUGCUUACUCUUCUUGUGGGUUUAUCGGGCUGGCUCGUAAGGUGUUCGAUGAGAUUCCUAACAGGAAUGUUGUUUCAUGGAACUCGAUAAUCAGUGGGUAUGCUCAGGCUGGUGAUUGCGUGGAAGCUUUCAAUAUGUUCAGGGCGAUGAGGAAUUCAAAUGUGGAGUCUGAUGGAUUCACUCUGGUUAGCCUCCUUUCUGCUUGUGCACAAACCGGAAAUCUUGGCUUGGGUAGAGUCGCACACCACUACAUUGUCAUUACAGGGGUUAGUGUUGAUUUAAUUGCUGCAAAUGCAUUGUUAGAUAUGUAUGGGAAAUGUGGGGAAUUAUUUGUAGCACAAAAAUGCUUCAACAGAAUGGCCUUGAGGAAUGUGGUUUCAUGGACAUCCAUGGUCUGUGCUUUUGCAAAGCAUGGGCUACUUGAUGUUGCUAGAAGUUGGUUUGACCGGAUGCCGGAGAGGAAUGUGGUCUCUUGGAAUGCUAUGAUCUCUUGUUAUGUUCAACAUGGCUUAUUCCGUGAAGGUUUAGACCUAUACACCCACAUGCAAUCUUCAAGGGUGAUACCGGAUGAGGUGACUUUGGUAGCCGUACUUUCAGCUUGUAGUCAAACUGGUGACUUGGUCACUGGAAAGGAAAUCCACGAGGACAUAACAGAACGUAUCACAAAGCCUAGUGUCACAUUGUUUAAUUCCCUGGUUGAUAUGUAUGCAAAAUGUGGUUCUGUUGAUAUUGCCUUGGACAUCUUCAGGGUGAUGCCUGAAAAAACUGUUGUGUCAUGGAAUGUGAUAAUUGGGGCCUUCGCUAUGCAUGGGUGUGCAUUUGAUGCCAUUGAACUCUUUAGGCAGAUGAUAUGUGAGGGCUUCUCCCCUGACACCAUCACUUUUACACGAUUGUUGUGCGCAUGUAGUCAUGGUGGUUUGCUGGAAGUUGGCAAGUACUAUUUUGAAGCUAUGAGUAUUGAUUAUAAAGUUCCAUAUGAAAUUGAACAUUAUGCUUGCAUGGUUGAUCUUCUAGGACGAGGAGGGCAAAUAGAGCAAGCAGUUGAACUGAUAAGAAGCAUGCCAAUGAAGCCUGAUAUUGUCAUAUGGGGUGCUUUACUUGGGGCUUGCAGGAUCCAUGGGAACAUGAAGACUGGAGAGGAAGUCAUGAAACAGUUAUUGGAACUGGAGUCAGAUAGUGGGGGACUAUAUGUUUUAGUUUCCAAUAUGUACAGUGAGAGACACAGGUGGGAAGAUAUGAAGAAGAUUAGAGAACAUAUGAAAAAGAGUCAGAUAAAAAAAUGUAGGGCAAUUAGUUCAAUUGAGAUCAAUGGAAACAUUAAUGAGUUUUUAGUUGAAGAUAUGAGACAUGAAAAUUCAAGUGACAUAUACUGUCUUCUUCAAACUUUAACAGACCACUUGAUAUCUGCAGGACACCCCUCCGUUCCAUUGGGAGUAAGAAAGGUUGGAGAAGCACAAGCCGUGUUCUGAGUUAGACUGACAAGUAUGAGAAGAUAGCACAGAAUUUUUAGUUCAGUUAUGAAGGAAACUGAAUUUUGAACUUCAGAUGAUGCUAGGAAGGCUUUAAUUUGUUUGUGUCCUGAAAUUAAAAAUGCUAAGUACUGAUUGGUAUAUUUUCUAAGCAGUAGUAACUCACAGCACAAGCAGACACAGGUUUUUCCUGUCAGUUUUAAUUGAUAAACCUGGCUUGAUUUGAUGGCCACUUUUUCCUUGUCUACCAAUUUGGCAUAGUUUUGAGAUAUAUCACCUGACAUUGUGUCAAAAAUUUCAUGCAACUUGGGCUGAUCUGAAGUUAAAAUGAAGACCUUUCUUGGAAAGUUUACCCGGAAGCUUGAAUUGUUAAAAGGUGACAAAAAUAGAAGCCAACAGGAAUUUGGAUGCUAUGAAAAUAAGUUGGAUUUAAGCAACACCCUGUGUCCUCUUUAACCGUGAGUAACAAAUAUCAAGAUCAGCUUGUUAGUUUCAUCAGGGUGUGGCCAGUUUACUCAUGUUUGUAGUCAAUACUACAAAUUCUCUCAUUGUUUAACUUCUCCAGAGAAAAGGCAACUAACUUCCUUUUCAGAGAAGACCACCUGCAUGAUUCAGUCACCUGCUGCUUGACGGAGUUGGAGAACAAAUGUCAUGUGACCUGUAAACUUGAGCAUAUGUUUUCUGAUUCAACCUGAAGAUGAUUUAAUGGCUUCCUAAAAUGACCAUAGUUCCAGAGUCAGUUAGCUUCAGCAUUCGGGAAAAGUUUGCAAUGCAGUCGUUGUGUUAUUGCCCAAAUGGCCUUUAAAUGGUGCUAUAGUUGUUUCUACUAUGUAUUUUCCCUGUCGAACGGGAACUAAUUGCUACUUUCUCGGGCAAAUAAAUCGUGUGAAGGGUGAGUUGGUGAGAUGGGAAUCUGUCCAAGGGUUAUUGUGAGUUUAUUCUUGUAUAUGAAGGUUGAAAAUGUGAAAGAAAAAGACAUGCCUAAUGUGCGAGGCUCUCGCCAGUGCUAUCUUUCGGGGUGGGGGGAGGAUUUUACUGUAUGCAAUCUUACCUUCAAAUAUAGAGAGAUUAUUUGUUUUAAGUUCCACCCUAAAUAUGAACAAAUUAUUUUCAUGAGUCUGAACCUUGAUAGGUGCAAAUGUGUAACCUUAUCAUUGUUUCAAGACCCCCUCUAGAAUAUUAAUUUUAACACACAAAUCUGGCAAUGAUCAAUUUAGUUAUGUUUUAUCUAUGGAAAGAGAAAGAAAAAAGAAAAAAAAAAAAAAGGUGGAGAAGUGGAAUUAAUUGAUGGGGGGAACCUCAACAGGGAUGAGCAUAGUCGCUGUGCAGUUAUAUGGAAAAUCUAUUUUCAUCUCUCAUAUGUCCUCUCUUCUUCUGUUUGCAAUACAACCAUUUUGUCAACGGAAACUGCAUUGUGCCCAUCCUUUGACC